GAAUAUAAGUUUCAUAUUAAGAGUUGAAAUAAAACAGCUGAGCGCAUCAGCUGAAUUUCACUCUCUUAUACCCGGGCAGUUAACUGCAAGAAAAUGGGUAGUCCUGUUCGUGCUUAUUCGGAGAGCACCAAUCCAGUUCAGUCCGAUGUUAGCGAAAAACUCAUCAUUGACAUCUCUUAAACUUACGUAAUGAUCCUCUACAGUCUGGCAUUUACUUUAGAUACAGAUUUUAUCUAAACAGUAGUAUAGUUUAUAAGCGUAAGAGAUAAAUAUCUAUAUACACAUACAGUUUGUGUAGAUAUUUCUGUAUCUGUUUGACCUUCUGCUACCGUUGGCGUUUAAUACCGUAGGUGGAUUUGAUGGAUCUUGUACGAAGCCAGUACCACUAGAACAUCUUGUAUAUGCUGUUGGUUUGAAAUAGGGUAGUCGGCUAAGUAAACAGUAAACGUCGCGCGAAAAAACGCUUAUUGCAAUACUUUUUUGUAUACAUAGAAAUUCGUUCCCUUGUAUUCCUUUCUUCAGCUGGCAUGGUGCUUCUGACGCUGGAACGCGGUGAUUACGUGAAGCGCUACUACAUUCGCUUUGUGUCGAAUCGCGCAGUGUAAAAGAGCUGAAUAGAAUAUGUUAUAGAACGUUGGAAUGUUCUAACAACUUCUAAAAGUUUUGAUUUUUAGAACAUAGAAUUACAUAACUAAUUUACAUGGCCAGCGAGGUAUAUAAACACUACAAAUCAAUGUGAAGGUUUGAAGAAGAGUGUGAACAUUCUAGACAUGCUGUAUUUUUUUGUAAUUAGAGUAUCGAUAAAUAUUAAAUUACUUACUUAGAACUGCUAUUGCUUCUGGUUAGCAUAGCAGUUUACUAUUUGCCUUGAAAUGUCCACUACUGCACCAGUGCAUGUAUAUGUGUAUGUGUGUGUGUGUUAUUAUAGUGUACCACGUACAAACAGAUGGUUAUAUCCAAAAAUCAUCGUCUGCAAAAGCUGAAUUGUACAAAGGCAAAGCAGUUCGGCGAACCAGUAGUAGUGCUUUAACGUAAAAGAAGUUUUCAUUUACAAAAGCUAUACUAAUACGUUGCUUUGAAAAGGGUACUCGAGGGAAAUGAUUUACCUAUCAUGGCGGUAGCGUGCGCAGUCAAGAACGUUUAAUGAGUUGUUCAACGAAGCCCAGCCCGCCAGUGAUGCUAGCUACGUGCGAAGCGGCAUACACGAACGGGGACACCUGGGACAAUGGGUCUUCCUCGCCAGAACCCGAGCCAGAUGCGUUUGAAGUUGAAGACCACGACGAAACUUACUCGGAUGAUUUCGCUGCGACUGAUGACCAGAUUUUGGGUGGCGGCGAAAACGAGCCAUCUCAGGAUGAGCCCGCUGUGAUAGUGGUUUCAGCUCCACCGCCGAGGUCGUUGCUCAAUCCCAGGGUUCAUCUGAAUACGGAGAGACCCCUUCAAGCAGACGAUAUCACAUCAUCUAUGCUAGCGGAAGAAUGUCCUCGCUUUGCUUUGCUGUUACAAGCACAGCCGGAUUGCGUACUGGCACCAUUGAUCCAGGAAGCCCGUUGGUGGUGGCCAUCGAAAGAGGAAGUUCACGGGGAUCGAGCCACAAUUGCAUGCGCAGAUGACAUCGAAAGGUGUCGUCUUUGCAUUCAACACGCACUCUGUCGAAGCCUUCCUGCAAUAAUCCGUGAAAAAUACACACGGCAUGACCAUACCUAUUGUGAAUAUGACCAUGACGCAAGUGGGACUUCAAUUAUUGAAAGUGUGGUACAAGACUUAAUUGAGAAAAAAUAUGCAGAAAGCUUAGCUAAACUUUGGCAACGUUCUACAGUCAAAAGCAAUCUAUUCCCAAAUCACACGCCACAAUCCGAAUUGAAGGGCUCUCCUAUGGAAACGAUAGACGAUAUGAAUUUUCAAAUAGAAGACAUGGAAACGACCCAUUCCAGUAGAACAGCGAAGUUCGAGGAAGUCGAAGUGGCCUCAGAUGUUGGCACAGACGAGGGAACAUGUACCGUUUUCGAUAGUGCAGCUGGAUCUGGAGAAAUUGUCGACCUGCCCGUGUUGCAUGAGAUUCAGCACCAAGCAGCUAUUGCCAAAGCAGAACCUGCGGAAGAAGAUGAGGUUAUGUUUGUAGUUAAAGCUACAACAGACAAAGCCGGCAAAUGUUCGAAGACGGAUAUUAUUAUUGAAAAGCAUUUCGUAUUUAAAGCAAACGACGGUUCUCUUGACUUUGUUUCAAGCGCGUCUUCACAUGAUCUCAAAAGAGCGGAAACGUUUUUGACCGAUAAUCCAGGUGCACAAUUUUGUGAAAUGAUCAUUGACGAACAAUUCUGUCAGCAACAAUCGGCAGUUUAUGAAGACGAUAAUGAUAUAUUGGAAACUUGUAUGGAGGUACUCAACGGCAUAGUGCAAAGGACUCAUGAUCAAGUUGAAUCUAGCAGAAACAAAUCGCUAGAUAAGGGAGUUUCUAAAAAAAAGAUUCACUCCGUCAGCCGUUCGAGAGAUUUAACAGCUGCAUCGGUCGGCAGCUUAGCUCGACAUACUAAGGGGGUUUCGGAAAGGCGAACGACUCGAGGUUUAAAAAUAGACUUCGUAAAAUUGGACUCGUAUGGUGUUAAACGCAAUGAGCGUGUUGCCAACGACGAUAUGAAUUUACGCGGAACUGACGCUCGGUUCUCAGCCAACGCUUACAAAGGAGUAAGUUGUGGGAGGAAAAGGAAAGGCAAAGCACUCCGUCCGGUUAUUCCAAGCAAGUGGACCCGUCGUGAGAACACCAGUGCCGAUUGCGCAGCCGAAAGUGACACGGAAGAUUUAGUUGAGUGUACUAACAUUGAAUAUAGCGGUGAAGCGGCAUAUUUCUUCAAUCAGUACCCAGACUUUCGGCCAGAGAUGCUUGAGGAAGUGACUGAUAGAACGACCUGCUCAUGUGUCUCAUGCGACCCCAGGAUGACCCUACUGAGGCAGCAGGAGAACUACCUUAGCGAGUCAGACUUUUUCAAGACGGCGCGCUUCGUUAACCGGCUGAGCGCUCUGCAGGAUGAAGAGAUAGAAGAUCAACAGGAAGCGUCUUCUACCAGUUCUAGCAGCUCGUCAGAUGAGGACUCAAUAAAUUCACCCUUUUCAUUAACUGAGUCAUUGUCGUGCAAUGGUCCCGACCCAUGUAAUAUGAGCAGAUCAAAAUUGGCGCCAAAAGACACUUCACAAAUGCAGGUCCAUGACUGUCCUUUUUGCGAUCAAAAAUAUUACUCCGCAGAUGAUUUACAACGUCAUCUUUCGGUUCACGAAUUUAAAGGCGGUAAAGGACCGAUCUCAUCUAGGUGUUCUGUGUGUGAUAUUGUCUUUCGGGAUCUCCGUGUUAUGAACGGCGUGCUGUACCAUAGGUCCGGGGAAUCUCACUCAGCACGACGGGAUCAGCAUGAGCGACGACAUAGACCUAACGCGCUCAAUUGCGUCUAUCCUCAAUGCCGCAAUUACGUCUUCGGUAGCCGGCAACGUUUAGGUGUUCAUAUGGAGCUACAUCGACAAUGUGUUGUAGCUGGGGGUGUCGAACAAUGGGAAUCACAAGAGCGUAAAGAUGCCCUUAAAGAUCAACUGGGUCAACCACAUAUUUCUUGCGAGUUCUGUCAGGCUGAAUUCAACUGGCGAACUCGCACUAGUGGGAUGUGUACACACGUUGAACGCUUCACGAGACAUCGAGAGAGGCAUAUGCAUUACGAAAUGCUCGGAGAGCCGUUUCACUGCGCAAUCGAAGGUUGUCAAAGUUCGUUUAGCGAGCAGGCUGAUCUUGAAGAGCACAUGUGGCUCCAGCAUGCUGUCAGUUGCUACUGCGUAACAUGCGACUGGAUCGUAUGGGGCGAUCCUUCAGAUACUCAGGUGCACCGGAAAAACUGUAAAGGUUUAUUGCCUACCUUGGGUUGUUCGGAGUCGUUUGCCAAAAAAGAUCCCGUUCUUUUGAUUAAUUCUAAUAAUAAGGUAUUAGUUAAGGCCAUUAAAGGUCUAAAUCUCAACGUGAAUGACAAGGCGUCACAACAAGCAACGACAACAUUUAUUUUGCGGUCGAAUUUGCCUCGUGUUAGCACCAUUAAUGAGCAAACACAGAAUGAACUUCAUCGUCCACCGAUAUCAUUAACCUCGAACACUCUUACUAAUCAGUCAGGAGCCUCAUUCGACGUACCGGUUGUCAAGCCACGAGGUCGGCCAAAGCUCCUGAAGAAUUUCUUCCCAAAAGCUAGUAUCGUUCGUGACAGUAACUCUGCGGCAUCGGCUGUACAUCUUAUGAAUUUUAGUUUCUAUUGCGAUUUUUGCGGGGCACCAUUCCGACGUCACCACGCAAAACAGCAUCAGUCACACGUCGAAAGUCACAUGCCCGACCGGGAACUAACCUGCGUUUUCGACGAUUGCGGAAUUAAGUUUGAAAGGCGGGAAGAACUGCAUGCGCACGUCAAAACCAAACUGAGCACGUGUCGUUAUUGUGGCUGCGUUCUGUUCGAAGGUUACAAGAAGCACAUUUCGGCAUGCCGUACGCUGCAUGAAAUGGAGAAACAGAGAUCAUAUCGCGAAAAGAUAGCCGAAGUUGAUCAAGCACCUGGUAGUCAACGUCGUGAUCUCCGUUGGGGAGAUAACGGCCAAUUACUAGCAACCAACGGUGUCCUAAAGCCUGAUGAAGCUCAGAUGGAAUUCCUUCGAAACGUUGGCCUAGCAAAAGGAAGCUUGGAGACGAUCCGAGAGAAGGAACGAAUCCGCGAAAAGCUCCGAAGUCAAACGCAUGUCGCGAACGGCAAAGGCCGACGAUCCUGCACGCUCAGUGUGUCCUGCUCACAUUGCGGACAUGUGUUUCGCAAUUCGUUGAAUCUCAAGCAGCAUCUAAGAGAGUACCAUGACGACGUUAGUAAUCGGUAGUUGACCUGGAAAACACUCGGCAAAAAUAUUUUUAACGAGAAUUUCGAUUAAGAUGCUAGGGGAUUUAGACCUUGUGUGUAAAAGACAAUCAACUAAAGUAGACUUACAAGGUUCCGGGCAGUCACAGGCAAACAGCACAAUGCAUUGUGAAAGUAAACAGUGCGCCUUCAUGCCGGUUGUGCAGCCCAUAGCGAUUCACUUAUUGUAUAUAUGCAACGUAAUAGAACACGACUAAACACGUAAGCCGUUAUGCGAGUCUUCUCAGACCUGGUCCUAGCUUCCCAGUCGAAAUAUAGAAUGCGGUUUCAAAGCUACAAGUCACCAAACGCUGAGAUUAGCAGUUUGUGGAUAAUGACCUAUCUGUGGAUGUUGUCGUAAUUUUUUAUAGAAAAAGUAGUCCUUUUUCCGGAUUAAAAGUAGGAGUGAUUCCGGAUCGAAAGCUCAGUAUACGUUUAUCUUAUCGGUAUAUAUCUAAGACCCUCAACCUUGGGUAACAAAAUCGUGGUAAAGAACACUUGGUUGCGAAUAUGAGCUAUUGUACAUUCGGUCUUUGAUUUACUCGUUAUGCAUCGUAGUACCAGUUAGAAUGGUAGUUAGUAUGAUUAUUGUCAUUAUUAUUAAAGGCAGGUGUUGCCACUUUGAACAUACUGCUCACUGUUGUACCAGCUUAUAUAUAUAUAUGUUAUAUAUAUAUAUACAUAUAUAUAUUAGGUAAUUUUGUGCAAUU